CUGCUUGUGGAGCAUGGGUACAACUGCCAGCGCCGCACCACAGCCUGUUUCUCCAAUUGAGUGUGUCCAUGGCAACGGGAUGGCCGACAGCAGGCAGUCUCUUAGCAUGAGCCCCUUUCAGACAGUCAACAUCCACAACAACAAGGCCAAGUCCAUUAUCACCAACAAAGUCGCACCUGUCGUCAUCACGUAUAAUUGCAGACAGGAAUUUCAGAUUCACAAUGAGAUCAUCAAGACCAACUACAAACUGGGCCGGAUAUCAGCCGCUCUGCCCGAGCACUACCUGGUGCAGGGGGAGUAUUUCAUGGUCCAGGAUGUGUUCAGCAAGGCAGAUGUCCUCAAUACCACGGGCAGCUACGGAGCGCCCAACUUCCGCCAAGUCAAGGGAUCCUACCCUCUGUACGGGAUGGGUCAGCCCAGCGUGAACGGCUUCAAACAAGUUCUCCAGAGACUGCAGGCGCAAGGACACGAGGAGGUUAUAUUCUUCUGUGUAAGAGAAGAGCCGGUGGUUUUCCUGCACAAGGAAGACAACUUUGUGCCAUACACCCCCAGGAGGAAGGAAAACCUGCACGAGAACCUCCAUGGCUUGGAAAAGGAAGAGCUGGUGGAGAGCCUGGAGCUCACUAUCAGGAAGGAGCUCCACGACUUCUCCCAGCUCAACGAAAACAUCUUCUACGUGUACAACGACAUCGAGUACUUUAAAGACGAGCCGCAGGAGAUCUCCAUCAUGAGCGAGGAGGACAUCCAUGUGACGGAAGAGGUCUAUAAGAGGCCCAUGUUCACCAUGCCGACCUACAGGUACUACAGAUUACCACUACCAAUGGAGGGAGCCCCUUUGGAAGAAGACUUUGACGCGUUUGUUAACAUACUCAGGGAGAGCCCCAGCCUGUCUCUGGGACACGAUGCGUCCCGGCCGCUCCCCGCUCUGCUCUUCAGCUGCCAGGUGGGCGUCGGCAGGACCAACCUGGCCAUGAUCCUCGGCACGCUGGUCAUGAACCGCCUGAGGGGUGACUCACAGCCGCAAGUUGAGAAUACAGCAGCUUCAGAGCCCAAACCACUGUUCAAGGUCAUCGAGUCUCUGAUCAACAAGCUGCCCAAUGGACAGCAGGUCAUGGAAGAGGUUGACCAGGCUAUCAACCUGUGUUCAGAAAUGCACAACAUAAAAGAGGCAAUAUAUGAGAACAAGAGUAAGCUGGAAGGAAUCGGAGAAGAUUAUCAAAUUCAGGGAAGCAGUACCAAAGACUACUUUCUCUUCAGAACCAUGCAGAGCUUGGAGCGCUACUUCUACUUGAUUGUAUUUAAUGCAUACCUUCAUGAACAGUAUCCUCUCGCCUUCAUGUCCAACUUCAGCCAUUGGAUGUGCCGCCAUGCGUGGCUCUACAGGUCGCUGGCCUGCAUGGACCUAUCACAGCUGUCCGCUUCGGCCGAGCUGGUCACCAGAGGAGCUCGCGUCCUGGUUGCUGAUGAGUGUUUGGCUCCCGACGUGCUCAGCACAGUGAAGGAGAUGAAGGCGGUCAACUUCAGACGAGUGCCCAAGAUGCCUGUUUAUGGAAUGGCUCAGCCAACAUCGGAGGCUACCGGAGUAGUGUUGGCCCACCUGACGGAUGAGAAAAGGAAGCACGGCCACGUGUUGUGGGUCAACCUGCAGGAGGAGCUGGUGCUGGAAGCAAACGGUCAGAUCUUCACACCGAGGGAGCCCUCGUGCCUGGACCAGCACAUUCCUGUCCCAUCGUCUGACCCACAGCUGAUAGAGAAACUGGAGACGUCUCUGAAGGAGGAGAUCCUGCGAGCUCAGAAGUGGCUCGAGGUGACGCUGGAGCGGGAGAAACAGAUGAAGAUGUUUAAAAGUUGCCUGACGGUCCAGGAGAUCUUCAACCAGCACAAGAGCUCCUACCAGGGCCUUGUCAGCAAACGCAUCCCCCUGCCAGACUGCAGCCCCCCAAAGGAGGAGGACUUUGAUAAGCUGUUGGAGGCCAUGAAGAGUGCCUUGGCUGAAGACUCACACUCAGCCUUUGUUUUUAACUGCUCCAACGGCAAAGGCAGGACCACGACCGCCAUGGUCAUCUCUGUUCUCACUCUGUGGCACUUUAAUGGUUUCCCAGAUUUUGGUGAUGAUGAGUUUGUGAGUGUUCCUGACGCCAAGUACACAAAAGGAGAAUUUGAGGUCGUGAUGCAGCUGGUGCGUCUACUCCCUGAUGGCCACAGGAUGAAAAGGGAGGUGGACAUGGCCCUGGACUCCGUCAGCGAGACCAUGACCCCCAUGCACUACCAUCUGCGAGAAAUCAUCAUCUGCACGUACAGACAGAUCAAAAGUGGUAAGACGGAGAAGGAGUGUCAGCAGCUGGUGCUGAGGAGCCUGCAGUACCUGGAGCGCUACAUUUACCUCAUCCUCUUCAACACGUACCUGCAUCUAGAGAAAAAAGACUCCUGGCAGCGCUCAUUCACUCUCUGGAUGGAACAGGUGGCCGCCAGAGCCGGAGUUUAUGACAUCCUCAACCAGCUGGGCUUCUCAGAGUUUGAAAACCCGAGGGACACGCCGCUGGCCAGGCUGCGCUGCCGCUGGCAACAGCAGAACAUUCAGUCACUUCCUUUCCGAGGGGAGUUCAUCUGAGGGAGGAUCACUGUGAACGCACCAAAACAGUACUGUGCUUUUCAGAAUAAAAGACAUUAACAAUAGUAUGCCUUUUAUAUUUACCCCUGUAUCAUGCAUAUCUUCACCUUAUCUAUUGUUUGUUUUAUUGCUUUUUUUUUCUUUCAAACAAACCUGCAAUGUUAAAAACAUUUUAGCCAUUUCAAUUUUGAGUUUAGCAGAAUGUUGCUCCUAUAUUAGAAGUUGAUAUUUGUGCCUUUGCCUUUUUUUAAUAAAUGGUAGACCAUAGAGUUUCAAUGUACUAAUAUUUGUUAUCUUUUUUCAAAUGAAAGUAUUUUUUUUUUUAACAUGUAUUCACUUUUGAAGUUGAAACAGCCCUUAAAGACUCUUGUUGGAACAAGGAGAGUUAAAUGCUGUUAUGGAGGAGAGGAGCAAAUUCCACUGUGUUGUCAGCCAACAAUUUUGGUUGUAAGUCACUGUUUGCUGUCGUGUGACCUGAUAUCUUUCUUGAGCCCUGUCCUUUUUGUCGAAGCACAGCUGUCAUCAGGGGCUGUGCAAUUGUUCCACUUGAAGUUUUCCAAUUUUGAGAGGGCUCCCUGUGUUCAUAUGAAAGCUGUUAUUUAAAAGUGUCUUUGAGUUUUCCUUUCCUGCAAGUUUUUUUUAGCAAGAGCAAAACACCAGAAAUGUGUCAAUAUCAUUAUUUUUACCUUUAUAUACUGUACACGUGUCAUGAUACAGGUACUAACAGUACAUCAUGUCAGGAUUUUUAUGUUAGUUUCAUUUUACUUUACAGCUGUUAAUGUGUCUAUGUAUUAACUUUUUUUAUGACAAGAACCAUGCAGUGAUAACAUCACUUCCUUAAGAACGUAAGAAGAGAUAUUGUCUUUUUAUUCCACACAUUCUUCUUCCCUGUUAAAAUCUGGCGCCUACAUUAGCCACAAUGCUACCUGACCACUGACAGUUUUCCCAGAGAUUCAUGUGUGUUAUGCUUGGUAAAUAUUCCCUUUAACAACUGUAGCUCAUGUAAGUGGCAUCAAUGGAAUGAGACAAAUGCUGAAUGAUUCACUGAAUUCACAGGACAAUAAGGUAUAAUUGCAUUGCAAGCCAAUCAGGGUAGCAUUAGACCAUAGUUUUCUUCACGUUCCAAUUUUUGUUUAAAAGUCCUAAAACCUUUUUGUAUUAUUGUUUUGAUAUUGUUUAAUGUGCUAAUGUGUGUUUGGUUGUAAAGUAGCUCACAGUGUGCUUUAAAAAAACAUGAAUCCGGCCUUAAAACCAGAAAGAUAAGCCAGAAAAGAAAUUAAAAAAAAUCUUUCCUCCAGAUGCCUCUUAAUACUUUUCUUUUGUCAAUGUAUCAAACAUUUGCACUGUAUAUAAUUGAUUUAGACUAAUUGAGCAAUUUGCUAAUGAAAUGGAAAUUGUGCAGCUUUUCAUACCUUAACGUAGUAGCUAUGCUGUCAAUUUAAUGUUUUUUAAAUAGAAGAAAUGCAUUUGCCAUCUUUCACUGCAUGUUCCGAUUAUUUUCUUUUUUGGGGGUUAAAAUAAAAAAAUUCAAAUAGA